CUCAUGGAAUAUCAAGAGCCUCAUUAUCAAUAUUAAUUUUCGUCCUAUUUUUUCCUUGCAGACUUUAUAAAUCUCGGAUAACCCAACUUGAAUUAAUUUCCACUUCUAUACAUUUCAAAUUCUUCACUUAUGCAAUGUGGGUGCCAUAAGUGUGCAUAUAAGCUGUGUAGAGAGUGGAGAGUGCUGAAUAUGUAGUACAUAGACGCAGCAAAGGUGUUUCUGAGAAGCACCAAGAUGAGACAAAGUAAAGUAGGGUUUUCAUAUCUUCAAGUCCCACCUCCUUCUCGGUUAAUUUUCCCUUCUAGAAAACGUUGCUCGAAUUAAAAAUGACUAUUUUUGACUAUGUUUUUCCAAGUUUUUUAAAAGUUUUUAAGUGAAAUCCAAAUAGACAACAAAUUAUAUUGAGUCGUUACAUAGGAUUAUACGUAACAAGUUUAUCGAGAAGGUCCCAAUAAAUCCGGUGAAGUAGUGCGUGUCACCUGCUGUCCUUAAAAAUGAUAUAAAAAGGAACUUCACGGAAAAAUUGGGCUGUGCUUUGCAAACAAUAACGACGUUUAAAUAUGUGCAUAAGUGCUCAUCAUCAGGUUGAUGUCAUGUCAAACUCUCUCUCUCCUUUCGUGGACAAGCAGUGCUACGAGUACACUCAUCCAACCAACCAUCAAUAAAUAUCAAACAUUCAAAGGGUUUCACACUUUGCAAUAAUGUUGUGUGUGUGAGAAAGGAUUUGGAAUUUGAUAUCAUCUCAUCUCACCAGAUGCAGACCAAGAAGAAGAAGAAGAAAAAAAGAUCUAAAUCAGAACAGCAGCAGAAGAGAUGGAUACCGUUUAAACGGUCUGGUUACAAACAGGAGAGGAGAGCGAUAGUGAAUUGUAUCAUCAAUGAAAAAGAUCCACAGUCAGUGGUGGUUUAAAAAAUGGCAACAAUAAUGCAAACGCUGCUCUGUUAUCAUCACCACUUAGGAAAACAAAGCGUAAGUGCAGAGAAUUAAUUCAGUCACCACAACGCAACCGACUGGGAGCGAUAUAAAAUAUACUGCCGACGCGACGACUACUUUAGUAUAUUCAUUUAUCUUAGUAUCUUCAUUUACGGUUUCAUUUAUUAGUGGUCGUCGGUAGUGCACUUUGCUUGUCAUCACCAAAUGUGGCAACUAGUGGCAAGGACAGAGCUUUCUUCUGUAAUACGAAUUUAAUAAUCGUCAUUCAUCAAGUACUAGUGCCACCACACUUGUCCAACAGUCCAACUAAUUCUGUUGAGAAAGUGCGAUGUUGAGUAAUAGACGCGUGUAGAAGUAAUAGCACGUCUUGGUGAGUAAUUAUUAGUAAUCACGUCAACGUACUUUUUUAUAGCUCUUAUCGAACAUUUGUUGAGAAACGAUCCACAGUUGCACAUUGGUCAGCCAAGGGACGAAACCACAUUUACAUAAAUUCUAUAUUUUUCUAGUUGCGUGACAUCACAAUCGUCGUAAUUUUAAUUUUGCAUACACAAAUAUUUCUGUCAUCAUGUGGCUGCGAUAAUAAUAACAAGCUUUUCGACAAGCAUGACGAGCCAGCAAGAAUUUCAAACUCCAAGUUUUUUCGAAUGUCACUACGACGAUUCCCGACUGGACUCGUGGGACCUGGAAAAUCUUCGCUACAUCCGAAAAAAGUCUGGAUCCCAGCAUCUGGAGGAGUACUCCUUCCCAGAGGGGGAACUGUCCCCGGGAGACGAAGAGGAAGUCUCGCAGUCCUCUUCAUUCUCUCCAUGGCAUGACCAGUAUGAGCCUGUAAGUCACCACCUCAACUUACCGACCACUGGUCGCCACUACCAGUACCGCCAACAACUGCAGUUUCACACUCGAGUGGAGCAGGAUAAUGAAGAGGAUGCUCACCUACUGGCCAGUAAUUACACCACGAAGAAGAAGAAGAAGGAUGAGGUUGAAAUACCUCCGGAAAUGGAUCAGUUACGAUCUCUCGUAGAUCCCAAUCGCAAUCUGGACGAUUGUUAUCUCCUUGACGUGCUCACCAUUGGGAACGAUGUGCGAAAGAAGCAGGACAGCGGUAUUAGCGACCGUGAGGAUGAAACGGACCACAGCAUCUCGUCAGCCACCAAGGUCCUACCGUCUCAGCACCCAUUUUCCUUGAUGAGACAGAGACAACCACCUCCAGCUUCGAGACGAGGAGGAACGGCCACGCAUUUUUCUGGACGAGGGUCAUUGGGGACAUUGUCGUCGAGCAGCCCUUCCUCAACCUCCGUGUCGGGCGAUGACGAGGACAGCCAGUACAACGACAUGGCGGCGAUGACCACGAUGACGACGUCCUCUUGUUGCUCCAGACUGGAUCAGAGACAUGAUCGCUCGGAUGAUUUGAGGAGUCCUGAAAGUUGCAUGGUCUGCUCGGAAUCUGGGUCUACCAAAGGCAGUGGAACUUUUGAUUUUCACUCUCACUCACUCCAAAAGAGAACUCUGGGUCAUCCAGACCCCCUUUCGACACGGGGCCAAGACAGUUGGAGGGCCAACUCGCCGUAUUACAUGAGACUCCGUCGUGACAUAUGCACCGUGACCCCGCCGCCCACCACACCCACCAGAUUUGGCGUGGACAAGCAGGGUCAGCUCGUCAUCGACUACUCGCACAACUGGAGUGGUUUGGAACUCUACAUCAAGCAACUUCAUUUAGCAUAGACCCGUCGGAUUCAGACACCAAGAAAACUAAUUUCUUGUUUUAUGUGUUAUAAUUUUUAUAUCGUUGUGAAACACAGACGGAUGAACAAUAACAUGAUUUGCAUUGUAGUAGCAGAGUAAUUUAGAAUGUAAUAGCAAUUUUGAUUUUGUGUAAUUAUAGAACAAUAUGAAAUUUGUGUAUGUAAAAAAGUGACGCUCACUUCUGAAUUUUUUGAACGUGAAUGAGGAUACUAGUUGUGAAACCAUUUAAAUUAAUUAUGUAGUGCCCCAACGAAUAAAUCAAACCAUUUAAUUAGUCAAUCGAAA